AUGGUCGACACAGGCUUGGCGAAGUAUGCAGCCAAUCUCCAUGCCCUCCCCGAGGAAGAGGUGGUGAAGAUGAGGAGCAGGAGAAGGUCCGGCUUAGAGUUCGAUGCAGCUACAGAGUUUCCAAUGUUCACAGUGAAAAUGGCCGACUUUCUGGCAAUGGGGACCCUGAAGUCCCACGAAGAAAUGCUGAAAGCGGAUGGUCUUUCAAUUUUUGAUGAGACCUUGGGCCGGGCCUUCUUUGUGUCGCACCAGUGGCUUGGCAGCGCGCAUCCGGACCCGCAGCAGCAGCAGCUGCAAGUGCUGCAAGAGGCCUUGCGGAAUCUGCUUGCAGGUACUAUCAAAGUAAGUCUUCCCAUUGCAGAAGAGAUUUUCUUUGGCCGCAGGCCUGUCCCCACGGUGGCAGAUUUCGAGUCAAAGCCUCUCUAUGUGUGGUACGAUUAUCUAAGCUGCCCACAGGCUAGUUCGGCUCAGGCUCAACGACAACUUGCGAUAGAGGGCAUUCCCUCCUAUGUUGCCAAGUGCGAGUACUUCGUUAUUCUCUGCCCUGCCCUCGAGCAUGCAGACCAGAAGAAGGUGCUCUCCUUGCAGACUUGGCGUGAGCGAGGAUGGUGUCGAGCGGAGAGGGUGGCACGAGAGCUGGCGGCAAGGAAUGAUGGCUACACCAUCGCUGUGGAAAGCGCCAGACAUGUGAAGAUGAUCUUCGAUGUUCAAAACGCACAAGGGGCCCCUGGGAAGGGAGAGUUUACCUGCGAAGCUGACAGGAUCAAGAUUGGGCGCAUGAUGGUGCAGAUGGUUUGGAACAAGCUGGGAUAUUAUUUGGAGAAGGAGGACCUGCACAACUAUCGGCUUUUGUUGAAUGAACAAGGGGCGUUUUUCCUGCAGGGCCUCGACGUAGAACCCGUGGACGGGCUGGUUCCUGGCUUUUCCGGUAACAUGGAUCCGUUCCAACAUCCACGCGAUUUCGUGCUGGCGAGGUUCCUCCAUCAGAAUGGCUUUCGCAGCAGUUUGGAGCGUGACUCUUCUGGCUGGUCUCCUAUUUGCUUUGCAGCUGUGAACGGCAGUUCGGAGUUAGUGCAAGGAUUGCUUGAGAGCCAAGCUGAUCCCAAUGACUACAUCGCCAAAGAGAAGAAGGAUAGAAGUUUGCCCAAACGCUGUUCGUUGCUCUCCUUGGCUUCGCUCUACCACAGCAACGAUGCCUUGAAGUUGCUCAUCUCAGCCCGGGCCAAUGUCAAUGCCUGUGACACUACGAUUGCAACUGCCUUGCAUGGAGCAUGUGCCGCCAACAAUGCAGCUGGAGUCCGCAUCUUGUUCGAAGCAAGGGCUGACUCUUCUCGGCGCUGCUUUCCAGGGAUGACUCCCCUUCAGGUAGCUUGUGCCUGUGCCUCCGCUGACGCAAUGAAGGAGCUGCUUGCAUUAGUUCCCUCAACGAGCCUGCAGCAUUGCCUUCACUUCGCUCUGAUGUUUCAAGGUGGCUAUGCCGAAACGAUCACCUGUUUGAUUCAAGCAAAAGCUGAUGUGGACGAGCAGUUCCGACUAAGGAUGAUGAAGGACACUGCCUGGUGGCUCGUCCUCACACUCGGAGGCCUGCGACACAGGAUAAGCCCUUCGCGUCUCACAUUAUUGGCCUAUCACCAUUCGGGGGCAACUCCCCUCAUGUUCAGCAUUCUGAGUGGAUACUUCGAAGCAACAUCCAUUUUGAUUGCUGCGGGAGCACGGCUAGAUUUCCGGAAUUCCCGCGGACAGACAGCCGCAGACCUCGCUCGUCUCAUUCAUGCACCAGCUUCGUUGAGUCAAGUUCUGCAAUCUUCGGAAUCGCAUCCGCAAGGACCUGUCGAAGACAAGUCUGAUGUUGAUCAGGACCUGUCGAAGUCAAGUCUGCUACCGUUCUUCUUGAGAUACACAGUGAACUCGUUUGACGAGAUUUCUGGCGACUCCAAGGGAUAA